CUUCCAUAAAUUUGCUCUUGGCUUUGUUCACCAACUAGCAACUGCAGGCGAGAGAAAUUCGCGACAAGCAAUAAAAGCUUAUCUCUUCUGAACGCUUUCUGCUAUAAAGUGAUAGUAUGGUUCGUGGCUCUGGCAAAUUCAAGACGAAGCGUGGCGGCGGACGUAGCUUCAGUCGAAACUUGGCGUUGGACGAGAACGGUAUCGCUGUAGGUACAGAGCGCAGGAGGAAGCAAAAGAAGGAGGAUGCCUCUGAAGACGACGACUCAGACGAAGAAGAAGACGACGACGACUCGGACGAUUCGGACGAUUCUAUCGACGAAGAUGACGAAAACGAAAAUGACGUCGACGAACUCGACAGAGCUCGGGCCGGCGUAGGUGGUAGUUCGAACGUACAAACGGAAGAUAAACCCGAAUUAACACGCGCCGAGCGUCGAGAACUCAAGAAGAAAGCGAAACAACAGGGGCAACAAGGAGAUGGAGAGGACGAAGAUGCCGACUUGAUCAACCCGAAUCACGUCAAAACCAAGUUGAAUAUCUCGGACCCCGCCGCGCCACGGGAGAUGUCUCGUCGGGAGAGGGAAGCAAAAGAGAAGAAAGAAGCACAAGAAAGGUAUUGGAAGCUCCAUCAACAAGGUAAGACCGAUCAAGCACAGAAGGACCUUGCACGCCUCGCGAAGAUUCGUAAAGAACGUGAAGAAGCACUUGCAAAACGCAAAGCGGAGCAAGAAGCGAAAGCAGCAGAAAUAGAAGCGAAGAAAGCUGCUCAGAAAGCUGGAAAACGUGUUUGAUUUUGAAGAAUGAAUUUGAAUUAUACGUUUUGUAGAAUCGUAGACAAUGAGACUUCGUUAAUUUUAAUUACUCGCUCUCUUUUCUUUCUAAUGCCGAU